AUGUACGCCAGUGUAGCCCUUGAGGACGACGACGUGAGACCCGCCGUCCAGCCAUUUGCAUGCCAGGGCGACUGCGGCGAAAAGCUGCACUUCAAAUGUCGAAUGAAGCUUAUCCUGUGUGACCAUGCCUGCAGAUAUCUCGGAAUGUGGCACAUGACUGACUCUGCCCACAAGUACAUUGGCGAUGCCAUGAAAGCCGCUGGUCUUCCUGCUGGAAAGCGCGCCGAUGAGGAGGAGCCUGGGCUGGCAUCGCGGGACGACUUCGUUGGAGGUGUGUUCUUGAACGUUCGGUUUCGAAGCGGAGAGGUGAAGGCCUUGCGGGCCGAAAACUUGGAUGAGGCAGAGGUGGCGGGAGGCCAUGCUUCACAGAAGGCUGCGCCAACGCAAACAGCCGAGUCUCUGAAGGAAGCUCUGGAAGAUCCACCGCUGUUGGAGAUCUGGAGCCGUCAUCGUGAGAACUCGGAGCGAGCCAAGGCAGCGAAGAAGAUCCUUGGUGGGAUCGACGCGCCCUUGAAGAAACUUGAUCUGAGUGUCCCCCCGGAGCUGCUGGAGCAGGCCAAAAGGAGUGGAGGGCCAGAUGGCGGCGUUGACUUGGAUCCCGACUCGCGUUUACUGGCUUCUGUCCAAGAUGAGCGAAUAGCCCUGGACGACUUGGACUCGGCGGGGCUGAACAGUUCAGCUGUGUCAGCGGGCGCCUUGUGCUCAGAUGCGGGAGCAACUCACCUGUGCUCAGUCCUUUGCGGAGCCGCGGUCCGCGCCUGGCCGAAAACGACCGUGGUCGUGACCGGCGGCGUGCCAGAACCCCAUGGUAAGACAGACGAUGUCCUGUUCUCGAUCGCGGGGCCGUCAAACAAGACAGACAAACAGGACUCAGGGGGAGAUGUGAGUCAUGCUUCCGCGGGGAAGGGCGUGAAAGAGCGCUUAAAUCCAGAAAAGCGAGCCCCGGAACCAGAGCCGGAGAAGCCGGAGCAGCCGGAGCAGCAGGAGAAGGAGACCCAGGGCAUCCAAGGGCCAAGAUCUCUGUUCCAUGAGGCCCGCAGGCCGCGCCGGAGCAAAUGGGACGACCGAGGCCCUCCUCUGCAAGGAGAUGGCAACUCUCCCUCAACCGAGACUCUACCGGACUGGCUCAAGGAUUUGGAGGGCCCUAUAUCGGGCAAGCCAAUUCCGCAGCUUGUGGUUCCGGGCCCCACAACGAGCAGGUCGCAGCUUCCAAACUUGCUCGGGCAAAGGCACAAGACCAUGAUGCUGAAGGCGGUUCAGAUCAGAGUCCUGCUAGGGAGAGGAGGUGAAACAAUCAAGAGCAUUUGCGAAAGAGCAAAUGCGGAGAUCAAGGUUGAUCACGACCGCGUUGCCGAAGAAGGUGAAGUCACCAUCGUUGGGGAGAUAGAGAAAGCCGAAGCUCUCAUUCGAGAGACUUUGGCGGCCAAAGGUUGCCCGCUCCCUGAGGAUGAGGCCAGGCAGCCCGACGAAACGGACCUGGUGGUCCCACCGGAUGUCGUAGGGCUCUUCAUCGGCAAGGGUGGCGAGCAUGUCAAAGCCAUUCGAGAAGCUUGCGGCGGAAGCCUGUUCAUCGGAGUCAUCGCUCCUAUUGAAGGGAACGGUCCCCACAAAAUCCAGAUCAUUGGAGACCAGAGAGAGAAAGCCAAAGCCAUGGUACGCCAGCGACUGAAGGAGCUGAGGGAGUCGGAGGACAUGAAAUCCCGAUCUCUGGAUGUGCCCGUUGCAACAAGCUGGCAAGGCCUUGCCACUCCGCAAAGCUUUGGGCCGAGCCCAGGCCAAGGCGGGAUGCUUCGGCCUAACUCGCCCCUUUCACCCCUCCCACCUGGGCGCAUACCUCUGCGAGCUCCGGUGCCGAAUCUGCCAAUCCGGCCCGCUGCACCCAUUACGCCCAUGGUGCCGCUGAACCCGGUGAGCACGCCCGGCGCAUUUUCUGGCGCACACGGGCGCCCGGUGGUCCGGCCUCGAGCGCAGGCUGCACCCACAGCGCCCCAGGGGCCAUCGCCAUCCACCCCGAACCAUCCGAACCUCAACAACAUCCCUCCAGCGCAGCGGCUCCUGGCGCAAGCCACGUCGCUCGGUGACAUUCACUAUCGCUUGAUUUUGCAUCGCAAGAUUCGCAAGCUGGGCUCCGAUGUGUUUCAGCCCAUGUUAGACGAGGGCGAUGUGGAAGCCGAGGAAGAGGCACCUGCUGUGUCCAGGCAUGCCAUGCGAGCACCAAACAAGUGCACUUGA